AUUGUCAAAAUGCAGCCAAAGGUCGCAGUUGGUUUUUGUAUUCGCUUUCGCAUUAAGUGACAAUUAAAUACUAGAUUCGCGAGUGUGCAUUGGUCAGUGACUGAUAGUGAAAUGUUAUCGAAAUUGAAACGAUAUUGAGGAAUAAAGUCUAACAAUUUACCGUUUCAUGCGAGGCCAACGCCAAUGCUAACAAUGACGCGCUGCCAUUUUCAGGCAUCGGCUGUGCGGCUAUAGCGCCAUCUCGCUCGCACCGUGAUACAACAUCCAAUCGAUAAGCUUAACAGAGGACUGCCAACCUAAGCAGAAGUGUGCAAUGUUAACUGAGCGGCCAUUGGGGCUAGCGACGAGUAAUCACAUUCGCAAUCGCAGUCGCAGUGUUAGCGUUAAGACGUUCAGUCGGAAGUGUGCAAAGCGCCAUUUGAAGCGCCACGAAGUGUGAGUUCUAUACUUGGUGUGUGUCCUGUGAAAUGUGAAACUCUAAAUGGGAAUGUGCAUUAACAACUACAUACAGGGCAGCGCACAGAAACAAACACACAAAGUUCAAAGUUGCAAAGUUCAUAAAAACAAAAACGAAAGCCCAGUGUAGGGCGCUCCAGCUCAGUUGCCGUUAUAUUUAGUGCUUCGUGAUAAAUGCAGCAACUGACAAUUAAUACGGAAACGGGCGAGAAAUGUGCGAGCGAGCACUUGGCUGAGCAUUAAAACAUUGCGCAGCGGGGAAACUCAUAAAUGAAUGCUUUUAAUUGCGAAACAAUGACGUUUGCCCACACAAAUACGAGCAGAAUAAAAGGAAUAACGCUUGCCAGAUCAGCAUCAACAAAAACAAUAACAACAACAACAACAACAACAACAACAACAGGAGUAACAAUAACAACAGCAAACACUUUGUCCAGCUGCAGCUGCUGCAGUGAAAUUUGUGAAAAUCGUGAAAAUUGAGACAACCGACAAUGCUGCUGAUGCCAACGUCGUGUGGCCCCGGUCCGCCAGCGGUCGCACACGCCGUUGACCCAAGCUUAGCGAACGGGCACACACGCAAUCAACAACGUAAGCUGGCAACGACCCAAGCCAGCCCAACCAGCCCGAUAACAGCAACGGGAAUGGGAACGGGAUGGGCAACAGCCACGGGCAUUCCCAAAUGGCUUCUAAUGCUCCUACUGCUCUUUGCCAUUGUGGCCCAAACGCCGCAGAGCCAAGUGGCCGCCGAGAAGAGCAAACACUAUUAUAUGCAAUCGCUGUGCAAGAAUCACUUCCUGCAGCAGCUCUAUCGCAAAAUUGAUGGCGCCGUCCUCUGGUCCCAGAAUGAGCGCAACUUGGACUGCGUCAUCACGUUCCAAACCCACUCGAUUCUGCAGCGCUUCAUGCUGCGCUUCGACAUGCUCCAGCUGGACUGCAAUGAUCACCUGCUUGUCUACGAUGGAGCACACGCUGUAUCGACGCCAAAGAUUGACAUCUCCUGUCGGAACACAAAGAACACUGUGAAUGCGAUAUUGACGCGCACGAACUUCGUAACGCUGAAGUACGUGACCGAUGGCUGGGGAACGGAUGCGAACGGUUUCAAGUUGGUGAUAACAUCGGUGAAGGAUCCCAAGCAUACGUGCAAGGACUUCACGUGCGCCACACGCGAAUUCUGCAUAAAUCCGGAUCUGUUGUGCGAUGGCGUCAACCACUGCGGGGACAACUCCGACGAGUCCGUGCAGAACCUCUGCCAGAAUGAGACGACGAGCACCGUCUUUGGCGUGGACAUGACCUGGUUCGUGCUGAUUGUGGUCGGAGUGCUGCUGGUCCUCAGCGCGCUCAUCGUGGCCAUCGCGAUCUGCGUGUGCCGGCGCCAGGACGAGAAUGCCGCCAACCAGAACACCGCCCUGCAAUUGCAUCACAAUGCCGAGACGAAUGGAUCGUCGAAGCAUUUGCACUACCAUGGCGUAGGCAUGGGCAUGGGCAUUGGCGGCACCCUGACGAGGGAGCACACCCAGCUGCCACCGGCGUCGGGAAACUGGCAUCACCCUGCGGGACCAUACGGGUACCACCGCAUUCCACACAGCUACUUGAAGAUGGCCACCAAAGUCCGUCCCAUUUGGUGCUUGGCAAAUUCCGUCAAUUAGGUCAAGAUCUUUCGCAAAACUCAACCGGACUCAGCCAGACGAACAUCGCCGUUGCUGGCAAUCAUCCGAAUGCCAAUGCCGCUGUCGGCGCCGCUCAAAAGGACGAGUGGUUCGUCUAGGACAAUCCGAACUGAGGAGCUGUGAAAGUGAAAGACGCGAAAACAAAACCAACAAAACAUAAUUGACUUGAGCACAAUAAUCUGCACUUAAUUAAGUGAUUUCAUGGAUAUUUGCAGAGCAUUAAAUGAAGACUGUUUGACUAUACUUAACAACAACAACAACAACAAUGUGGACAUCACCGCGCAGGGUGUAUAUUUAAGAGAUCUACUCGUACCCAGACAGAAUCUCGACAGCAUUGGGCAACUUGUGCCUUCAACGAGGCACAAUCUUGUCGGAUAUCCAAUGCAAUUGUAUAUAGCUUAUAUAUAAAUAUGAUUACACACAUAUAUAUAUAUAUAUACAAAUAUAUAUAUGAAAUUAAUUUAAAUUAAUUUACAAUUAAUACAAAUAGCUAAAAAUCCCGAUACCGAAAAUAAACCAAACCAAACCAAGCAAAUGGCAUCAACUAGAGAUAACGAAUAUUUUAGAACAUAUGUUAGAGAUAAACCGCAAAUCGGAGCAGGAUGGAAGCCGUCAGCUUCCCCAAAGCGUCGAGUCCUUGGCAAUUCCUUAAUUACAGCUAUGUAACAUAAUUGUUGGCAUUUCUUAAAAGAGUAUUCCAUUCGUUUGUCACGAUUAUUUUUAAGAUUAGUUUUCGAUGAUAUUUCCAACCGAACCGUGAGUAAGCAUCAACAAUGAAUAAAACAAUCGAUGGCAUUUAAAACAAAACUUUUAAAUCAGCUUCCCCGUAGCUGUUGAAAGUAUUGAAGCUCAAUAUGAAGAGGUUUAGCUGGUCUAACUUUCAACUAACAUGCGAAAGAUAGACAUACAUAUAUAUAUAUGAUUUUAAUGGAGACGACGAAUUCUAAAUAUAACUAAUAUGGACACAAAAACAACAACAACAACAACUUGAACAAGGGAUGUACAUAAGUAGUAGACAAUAUUAAAACAAAAAGUAAAAAAAGAAAGAAAAAAAGGAAAACUAAAUAACUUCAGAAACUCAAUUUGCAUAGUUCAUUGUCAUUGUCUAUAAACUGGAGCAUAUAUUAACAACAGAUCUGAGAAUAUGAGAAUAUAUGCUCGUCAUCAAAUCAACAUUAAAUAGAUUUCAUCAUUCCAUUCGAUUCGAAGGAACCACAACCAAAUGCUAAAUGACAAAUUUUUGAGACAUUAAAGGACAAUACAAAACACAAUUUUGCUCUUUUUGAUGAAACAUUUAAAUACAUUUUGAGGUCAUGAAUACUGAAAACAAGAGAGUCCGCAUACAUUUUUCUACAAUCAACUCAAUGUAAAAACGUAAACGAAAAACCAAAAUGAAAACAAAAAUAAAAAGGAAACUAAAUUACAUUUUGCUACAAGUCGAACAAAUACGAU